AUGAGCAUGGCCAGUCAGGAGGUGGGGCCGGUACUGAGGGAGAGCGAUAGUCGCGGUAGCUCCUCCACCGCCAGCAAGCAGGGAUUCCUCUCCAGACUGGACCGCCUGCUCCGGCGCUGGCUGCCGGGUUAUAGCUACUUGCGCGGAAGACGUCGAUCCGCCUCCACCUCAUCGCUGCUGCUGGAGGUGACGACCUGUGGUGGGGGAUCUGGUGGUGCUAGUGUUGGACUAAAUACCAUACAGGAGCUGGGCAAUCGACGGCGUUGCGGUCACCAGAGGAGCACCAAGCACGAAGUCUAUCUCGAUACGGGUAUUGCCAAGUCCGAGUUCUGUCUCCAGUUGGAGGUCCUGUUGCGGAAUAAGCUGAUCAAGCAGCAGCAGCUGAUGCUCGAACAGCAGGAGCGGGACAGGGAGAAGGAGCAGGAACUGGACCAGGCACCGAUGACCACCAGUCCCCUACAGUAAUUGGAGUCCUUCAUAGUCCUUCAACACCACACCGAAGUACAGUACAGGAGAGUAGAGCCGGCAGUGCCACAAAUUCCCCAGUCGUUAUUGCACUUGCUUUUAAUUGUUCCUUUCAAAUAAAACUCUCUCUAUAUAUUUUUCAUAA